GAGUAUUGAAUUGACCAUUGAUUCAAAUUUCAGUAUUUAUUUACUUCAUUUCAUUGUAAAUUAACUGCGCGGGUUGGAGUUAGUUUGUGGUAUUUCACUUUUAUAUAUAGAGUAACUGUUAAUCUGUUCAAUAAUGAAGAAGAAAUCUGCCAAAAUGUCUAUGAUGCAGAAAAUCGAUACACUCAAAUCAUUGGAUGAAAAUGAACAAGUGUCGGACUACUCAGACGAAUCGGAUGACAACGAAGAUUUUCAACCGAAGAAGAAAAAAGUUCAGAAGAAAUACUUCGCUCCGGACUUUCAGUUUGUAUCCUCCGCCAAAGAGUAUAACAAGGAUACCUGGGAUGAUUUAACAAAGUAUGUCCGUCGCAAAGUCAGGAGUAAAACAGAUGAUAAGAUACAAAAAGCUCGAAGAAAUUUAAAAGGCGUGGCAGAAGAAGAAGAUGAGAUAGAAGAAGAGAACAAUGCCGAUCCUGAACUUUCUAAUCUAAGAAAAGGCAAAGAUUCAGAUGAUGAAAUAGUUCUUUCAGAAGAUGAACUGAAACAUGAUGAUAUUAAAUUGAAAGAGAAAUUAAUCGGUAAGAAAAAACGAAAAAAAUUAGCGGCUCAGAGAAAGUUCCAAGAUAGUGAUGACGAGAAUCACAAUGGCAUAACAGUGGAACAGGAAGAUGACGAAAAUGAUGAAUUCUUCGAUGAUGCUCCUCCUUUCGAUGAAAAUACUACGUUUUAUCAAAUGAAUUUAUCCAGACCUUUAAUGAAGGCUAUUGGUCAGCUAAAUUAUGUUCAACCAACACCUAUUCAAGCAGCAACAAUUCCCACGGUUCUCCUUGGUCGAGAUGUUUGUGGUUGUGCAGCGACUGGUACAGGAAAAACUGCUGCGUACAUGUUACCUGUUCUUGAGAGAUUAUUAUUCAGACCUGUGAAUGACACAGCUGUAACAAGAGUCUUGGUGUUGGUUCCUACUCGAGAACUGGGUGUUCAAGUGUACCAAGUGUCCAAACAAUUAGCUCAGUUUACCAGUAUAGAAAUCGGUCUGUCAGUUGGUGGCCUUGAACUUAAAUACCAGGAAGCAGUUCUCAGGAAAAACCCAGAUAUUGUCAUUGCCACUCCUGGUCGUUUAAUCGAUCACUUGAAAAACACGCCUUCAUUUACUCUAAUUGAUGUAGAAAUUUUGGUACUUGAUGAAGCUGAUAGAAUGCUGGAUGAAAAUUUCAAAGAUCAGAUGACAGAAAUUAUCAAAAUGUGCUCUAGAACUCGUCAAACUUUAUUGUUCUCCGCCACAAUGACAGAAGAAGUUCAAGAUCUAGUUUCUCUUUCCCUGACAAAACCGGUCAAAAUUUUUGUUGAUAGUAAUAAGGAUGUUGCAUUUAACUUAAGGCAAGAAUUCAUUCGAUUACGGAAAGAUAAAGAAGAUGAUCGUGAGGCAAUUUUAGCAGCUUUAGUUUGCAGAACAUUCCGGGAUCAUACAAUUGUGUUUGUCGCCACAAAAGCUCAAGCACAUAAAGUUCAUAUUCUCUUGGGACUAUUAGGACUUAAGGUUGGAGAGUUACAUGGAAAUUUAACUCAGCCACAACGUUUGGAGAAUCUGAAGAAAUUUAAGGAUGAAGAAUUAGAUAUAUUAGUAGCUACAGAUGUUGCUGCCCGUGGUUUAGAUAUAAGAGGAGUAAAAACUGUGAUCAAUUUUAUGAUGCCAACUGGAGUUGACAAGUACAUUCAUCGAGUCGGUCGAACAGCUCGUGCUGGCAGAGCUGGUGUAUCAGUCUCCAUUGUCUGCGAGAGUGAGAGGAAAAUUUUCAGAGAAAUCGUGAAAAGAGCCAAGAACUCUGUUAAGAGUAGAUCUAUCCCUCAAGAUAUCAUCGACAAGUAUAAAGAACGCGUCUCUGCAUUAAGUCCUGAAGUAGAAAAAAUAAUGAAGGAAGAAUAUGAAGAGCGGCAAUUGGCUAAAGUAGAAAAUGCAGCAAAUAAGGCUGAAAAUCUUGUCAAAGGCAUUGAAAAACCUAGAGACUGGUUUCAAACUGGUCAAAAAAGGAAAAAAGCCAAGGCUGACCUACGAAGGAAAAUCAGAGAAAAACGAGCAGAAAUGGAAGCCUCUCGUAAAGGUAAAAAGUCCAAGAAAGUUGUGGAUCCAGAGACAAAGAAGCUGCUAGCGGAACAAAAAGUCCAUGCUAAAAUGGCCAAAUCUCAAAUGAAACGGAAAAAAGUAACUGCCUAUCGAGAGAAGUCAACUUUCGGUGCUAAUGGGAAGCAAACAAAUACAAAGAAAUCAUACUUUGAUGAUGCCUUCACUAAUACAAGUAAAAAGUCUGCUGAUAAAUUCCGUGCGCCAGCCAAUCAGAAAAUCAAGAUCUCUAAAGCCAUCGCAAAAAAGAACAAGGGAAAAGUUUUUGGCAAGCCUACUCCCAAGAAAAACCCUUUUCUUUAAGUGUAGCAUAAGUAGGUAAUACAUUUUUGCCAAGUCUUGUAAACUAUCAUGUGUAGUUUAUUUUUAUAAUUGAUCAUAUCUAAGUUUGUAAGUAUGUAUACUUUAAAUAAAUGCUGUUACAUAUUUAA